CUUCCCCCAUCUCUCCGCAGCCACCGGUGGAGAAGAUUCGCGCGGCCGCUCGCCAUGUCGUCGCCGUCGCCGGCGUUGUGCGCCGCCGCCUCCUGCUCCACCCCGCUUCGCGUUGCGUCGCCUGUCGUUCGGUUCCGCCGCCCCGGCGCGCCCGCGCCCGUCGUAUCCGCGGCGCGCGCGUCGUCGGCGGCGGUCCCGGCCGUCUCCGACGACCUCGUCCUCCGCAUCGCGGAGCAGCUGGAGGACUCGGUCGCGGCCUCCUCGCCGCUCCUCGACCCGCUCCGCUCCGCCUCCGCGCUCUCCCUCCUCUCCACGCGCUGGCCAACCCGCCGCUCCAACGAGGCCUACCGCUUCACCGACAUCUCCUACCUCCGCUCCCUCCCCAUCUCCCUCCCCUCCCGGGACGCCCCCGCCGUCGCGCCGCCCGCCUCCCCCUACGCCUCCCACGUCCACUUCUCCGAUGGCGUCCUCACCUCCUCCUCGGGCGCCCACGUCUCCGCCCUCGCGGACCUCCCGCCUGGCCACGUCCGGGACCGUGCGGCCGCCGCUCUCGCCGCCUCCGCGGGAUUCGCCGACAAGGACCUCUUCUUCGACUUCAACGCCGUUGGCGCGAAGGAUGUCGUGGUCGUGCACGUGCCGGAGGGGGUAAGUAUGGCCGACGACCCGGUGCACAUCAUGUUCAGUUACAGUGGCUGCGGCGAUGGUAGUAUGAUGAUGUCGAACCCGAGGGUUCUCGUUGUGGCGGAGAAGGGGGCGGAGGUGGCCAUCAUUGAGGAGCACUUUGGUCAGGAGGACGGUGGGUGUUAUUGGGCUAAUCCGGUGAUGGAGAUCAUCGUGGAGGAGGAUGCGAAGGUGGUGCAUUCCUAUGUGCAGCAGCAGUCGUUUGCGGCUGCGCAUACCAAGUGGACCGUCGUCCAGCAGAAUACAUCUAGCAACUAUGAGUUUGUUGAGGUAAGCAUUGGAGCAAGAUUGAACAGGCACAAUCUCCACGUCCAGCAGUUGGGCCCUGAGACCAACACACAAUUGUCAACGUUCCACUUCUCAGCGCAGAAUAAACAGAUACAUGAUCUUCAUAGCAAGCUUAUACUUGAUCACCCAAGAGGUCGUUCACAACAGAUACAUAGAUUGAUUGCUUCUGGUACAGGGAAUGGCAUAUUUGAUGGAAAUAUCAAAGUGAACAGAUAUGCACAACAAACUGACGCAGGGCAAGAAACCAAGUGUCUUCUCCUGUCAUCGAAGGCACUUGUUAAUGUGAAGCCAAACCUUCAGAUCAUUGCUGAUGAUGUCAAAUGUACACAUGGAGCUGCCAUCAGUGGUGAACAUGAUCCAAAUGCGAUCUACUUCUUGCAAGCAAGAGGCAUCGAUGCUAAAACAGCGGCGGAUGCCCUAAAUUUCGCCUUUGGAGCCCAUGUGAUAAACCAAAUACCAUUCAAGCCCAUAGAGAAAAAGACAUUAGCUCAUUUCAAAGCGUUGUUGGCUUCCUCAAGACAAAACGACGAAUGAGGCCCUCAUUAUUGUUAUGGAGCCAGUUCAACAUUUUUCUUUUAUCAAAAUGAGAAAUAUAGAAAGAACAUUAGAAGAUUUUUGGUGAAACACGACGAGAAACAGAUAACUGUUUUGCAAUGUCAAGAGUGAUGUUAUUCUAGCAUGUAAAGUCAGUUAAUUUGUGAACCACUUGUUCAUUACAUGUUGAAUCAAGCAUGCAUGAUGCUUGUGAGGCAGAUUAUAUAUCUUUGCUUUACAUAAGACUGAAGUUUCUGUCGA